AUGCCCACCGAGGAGGAUCGCCAGCGAUUGCCCGACAUUCACAAAGUCAAGCGCAUGGUAGAAGCUUUUAAGUCGAGCGAAGUGUUGCCCGUCGUCUGGGCCGAUCGUGUAGCGGUUGUGAAGCGCUACAUGCCGAUGAAGGCGCGUCGCAACAUGAUGGUGAGAGUAUCGCACAGGAAUCGCAUCGUGUUCCAGAAGAGACGCGGGCUCGUGCUCCACGCCCAGAAGCCCAGGAUGAACACGAUCCAACCCAACGUGGAUGAGGCAGUCGUGGCAUAG